UUUGGGCCUAUACCUCCCCUCCCCGCGCCAGCCGCCAAAGACUUGACCACGUAACGAGCCCAACUCCCCCGAACGCCGCCCGCCGCUCGCCAUGGAUGCCGGUGUGACUGAAAGUGGACUAAACGUGACUCUCACCAUUCGGCUUCUUAUGCACGGAAAGGAAGUAGGAAGCAUCACUGGGAAGAAAGAGGAGUCGGUUAAGAGGAUCCGCGAGGAGAGUGGAGCGCGGUUCGACAUCUCAGAGGGGAAUUGUCCGGAGAGAAUCAUCACUCUGACCGGCCCCACCAAUGCCAUCUUUAAGGCUUUCGCUAUGAUGAUCGACAAGCUGGAGGAAGACAUCAACAGCUCCAUGACCAACAGCACCGCGGCCAGCAGGCCCCCAGUCACCCUGAGGCUGGUGGUGCCGGCCACCCAGUGCGGCUCCCUGAUUGGGAAAGGCGGGUGUAAGAUCAAAGAGAUCCGCGAGAGUACGGGGGCGCAGGUCCAGCUGUCGGGGGACAUGCUGCCCAACUCCACCAAGCAGGCCAUCACCGUCGCUGGCGUGCCGCAGUCUGUUACCGAGUGUGUCCAGCAGAUCUGCCUGGUCAUGUUGGAGACGUUCCCCCAGUCUCCGCAAGUGAGAGUCAUGACAAUUCCGUACCAGCCCAUGCCGGCCAGCUCCCCAGUCACCUGCGCGGGCGGCCCAGGUCGGUGCAGCGACGCUGCGGGCUACCCCCAAGCCACCCAUGACCUGCGGGGACCACCUCUAGAUGCCUGCCCGAUUCAAGGACAACACACCAUUUCUCCGCUCGAUCUGGCCAAGCUGAACCAGGUGACAAGACAACAGUCUCACUCUGCCAUGCUGCACGGCGGGACCGGAUUCGCCGGAAUUGACUCCAGCUCUCCAGAGGUGAAAGGCUAUCGGGCAAGUUUGGAUGCAUCUACUCAAACCACCCAUGAAGUCACCAUUCCAAAUAACCUAAUUGGCUGCAUAAUCGGGCGCCAAGGCGCCAACAUUAAUGAGAUUCGCCAGAUGUCCGGGGCCCAGAUCAAAAUUGCCAACCCAGUGGAAGGCUCCUCUGGUAGGCAGGUUACUAUCACUGGCUCUGCUGCCAGUAUUAGUCUGGCCCAGUAUCUAAUCAAUGCCAGUCCAGCAAGAGGCUCAGGCUUGUUCUCCCCUGUCCUGUGCUCCCAGCCUGAGCGGAGGCCUAGAACCCACCUAGGAGAUGGGACGAGGUCUGUGACAGAGGUAGCAGCAAAGGGCGAGGGGAAAGCCCUGCUCCAGCUGGCCCAGGCCCACUCCCGGAUUCACAUGACUCCAUCAAGUCACCCAGGUGGACUAGUGCCUGCCGUUAAGUAG